GAGCUCCUGGCUAUGGAAGGGAAGGACAUACAGUAACCACGCCCACAUAGGGCAUUAUCCAAUCGAAGCCUUUUGUAGGGUGACGUCACCCCCGCCUGCAAUCCGAGCGAGAGGGAAGAGGAAGCAGGAGAGGGGGGGAAAGAGGCGGCGGAGUGCGGGGUCACGACCUCUGACCUCUCACCGAGGAGAAAAACUCAAAACAACCGAAAGAAUAGGGGUUCACUGGUUAUUCCCGGGGUCGGGAAGCUGCCGGGGCCGCCAGGAGCUGAGGAGAUGCGGCUGUGACAAGAACCUCCGUUGGGGUGAGGUUCAGGAAUCUUCAGUGAUGACCAGCUCCUCCCAGCGCAUCCAAAUAAUCUCCACCGACUCUGCCGUACCCACCCCACAGCGCAUCCAGAUUGUGACGGAUCAGCAGACCGGGCAGAAGAUCCAGAUCGUGACGGCCGUCGACUCCUCUGUGUCGCCCAAGCAGCAGUUUAUCUUGGCCAGCCCCGAUGGAUCUGGAGCAGGGAAGGUGAUCCUGGCGACCCCCGAGUCUCCAAAUGCCAAGCAGCUGAUAUUCACCACGGAAAACCUAGUGCCAGGGAGGAUCCAGAUAGUGACAGAUGCCGCCUCCGUGGAGAGACUGUUGGGCAAGGCAGACGUCCAGCGGCCGCAGAUCGUAGAGUACUGCGUCGUCUGCGGGGACAAAGCGUCAGGCCGUCAUUAUGGCGCUGUUAGUUGUGAAGGAUGUAAGGGCUUCUUUAAGAGAAGCGUCCGCAAGAGCCUGACCUACAGCUGCCGCAGCAGCCAGGACUGCGUCAUCAACAAACACCACAGGAACCGCUGCCAGUUUUGCCGGCUUAAAAAAUGCUUAGAAAUGGGCAUGAAAAUGGAAUCGGUGCAGAGUGAGAGAAAACCCUUUGACAUACAACGGGAGAAACCCUUAAACUGUGCAGCCUCAACAGAGAAGAUCUACAUCCGAAAGGACCUUAGGAGCCCUCUCAUAGCAACACCCACAUUUGUGACUGACAAAGAAGGAGGGAGACAAGCCGGACUCCUAGAUCCAGGGAUGUUGGUGAAUAUCCAGCAGCCUCUAAUCCGUGAUGACGGCACCAUGGUCCUGUCUGCAGAUUCCAAGCAGUCAGAGUCGAAUCAGAGCGGGCUGGGAACCCUGGCAAACGUGGUAACGUCUCUCGCCAACCUGUCAGAGUCAUUGAAUAACGGGGACACUUUGGAUGUCCAACAAGAGGACCAAUUCUCCAGUGAGAUCACCCGAGCGUUUGACACCUUAGCAAAAGCACUUAACACAACAGACGCCGGACAGAACUUGUCGGAAGGGGCGGACACGGUGUCAGGAGGGAACAUUCAUGUAAUUAGUCGGGAUCAUGCCACCCCUAUCCUCGAAGUGGAAGGACCGCUCCUCUCAGACACGCAUGUCACUUUCAAGCUCACAAUGCCCAGCCCGAUGCCAGAAUACCUGAACGUACACUAUAUAUGUGAGUCUGCGUCUCGUUUGCUUUUCCUUUCCAUGCAUUGGGCUCGGUCCAUACCUGCCUUCCAGGUUCUGGGGCAGGACUGUAACACAAGCCUCGUACGUGCCUGCUGGAACGAGCUGUUCACCUUGGGUCUCGCGCAGUGUUCGCAGGUGAUGAGCCUCUCCACCAUUCUGGCCGCCAUAGUCAACCACCUGCAAAACAGCAUACAGGAAGAUAAACUGUCUGGUGAGCGGGUGAAGCAGGUGAUGGAGCACAUAUGGAAGCUGCAGGAGUUCUGCAACAGUAUGGCGAAACUGGACAUCGAUGGCUACGAGUAUGCCUAUCUGAAGGCUGUGGUCCUCUUCAGUCCAGAUCACCCUGGGCUCAGCAGUACGGUGCAAAUCGAGAAGUUUCAGGAAAAGGCACAAAUGGAGCUUCAAGAUUAUGUACAGAAAACAUACCCAGAAGACACAUACAGACUGGCCCGAAUCCUGGUGCGGCUCCCAGCUCUCAGGCUUAUGAGCUCCAGCAUUACGGAGGAACUUUUUUUUACCGGCCUUAUUGGCAACGUUCCCAUUGACAGCAUCAUCCCCUACAUCCUGAAGAUGGAGACGGCGGAAUACAACGGGCAGAUCACAGGGACCAGCGUAUAGCCGGAAAUAGCACUUGUGCACGGAUCAAGCACUUUUCAACGUACCUUCCAGGGCGUGAGAAAGCGCACUAACACUUGGGGAACAUGUACUUAGAUCCCAUUCAGGAGUAAACGCGUCCCCCGCCAGUGAACAUUUCAGUAGCCGUAACCCUUUUUCCAUUACCGCAAAGACACCAUGUAAACAGCCAUAAUCCGAUGAUCAGGUAGGAGCGUUCAUCUAUUACAGGUCAAUGUUUUCUAGGCGUGUACCUACCUUUGUAUAUCCUAACAGAAUCAGUGACUAUUUCCAGCUACCCCUCCCCCCUUUUUUAUUGUAACUAUAAGACUAUGUAUUAUUCCAUAUGUGGGACAGGAUUGCAGAAGCGCGCCUUAGAAAGGCAGUAUUAGAGGUAAACCCGUCAUUUCACAGAGGGAAGCAGGUCACUUAUUAUUUUCCAAUCCUUUACAUUUCCAGUCACAUUUUCCCCUUUAGUUAGAUGUUCCUGGAAACACAGCCGAUGUCUUGAGACUACAGCUCCCCUGACCCGAAUGUAUGAUACACACAGUCAGUCUCUAUCUGAUCGCAGGGCUAAUGCUGUGUACCAGGGGCGGACAGGGGAACUUCCCUGUGGGCUGAUGCCGUGGCGGUCGUCACAGCCGCCAGCCAGGUAAGUGAUGCCCAAGCUUUCCUUACUGCUGCCGACCGCCGGGUACAUAGUGAUCUGCUGCUCUCAGCAUGAAUCAGCACUUCUGUACCCGGCUGGCAGGUGCCCUCAUGAAUUCCACUGUAUCACCAUCCAUAAGACGAUAAUACAGUUGAAUACUGCAGCGGGGUACAUCAGUAUUUAGUGCUGCCCUAUGGUAUUGCUGGCCCUGCCUACAACAUGGGGCCACUUU